CGAUGAAAGCAAGCAGAUGGUUACAAAUUAUCACAAGUAGAGCUUCAACGGUUAGCUAGCAUUUGGCUAGUCGCUACAACUAAAUAGAUAGUGAGCACAUGAUUCACACGAGUCGUUAACAACGUACGGGAUAGGCUGCAGAGGUGUGAAACUCCAAUAUGCUAUAAAUUAAAUCCAUCACCUGGCUGAGGUGGACAGUUUCAGUUUACCGGACAAAACUAUCGGGAUAAAAUCGCUGGCUUCUCAGAAAAAAAAACGAUCCAACUUUUGUACGGACCAUUGUUUGUUGUGGAUAAGUUCCUUCCAGUGAAUGUUUCGUUUGUUGUGUGUUUGCUGUAAACAGUUGAUCUGGAAGUGACUAAAGUAUUUUUGUGAUAUUCGCUCAUCUAAAUAAAAGAUGAUCCAAACGGUGCUCAACUUUUUUCGUGGGAAGAGACAGUAUCUAGCGGCUAUUCUAGCCAAUCUCUCCAUAGCCUGCAUGGGGGCUAGUUUGACUUGGACCUCGCCAAUGGAAUCAAAAUUCUCAAAUUCUACGGAAUCACCUUUACCCAGUGAACCAACAGACACGGAACUUUCAUGGAUCGGAUCAAUCCUAACGUUGGGAUCAUUAACAGGACCGAUAUUUGCCGGACUGGUUGCCCAACGUUUGGGACGCAAAAUAGCGCUUCUUAGUAGCGCUAUCUUCUACAUCAGUGCCUAUGUACUAUUCCUAACGGCUUCAACGGUGGCACAGAUCAUGAUUGGACGAUUCGUUCAAGGGUGUGGUAUUGGAUUUGCCAUCACCAUUACUCCCAUGUAUGUGGCAGAGAUAGCCACGGCCAAUCGAAGAGGAACACUUAGCUCAUUGGUGCAGACCUUUAUGACCCUGGGAAUGCUCUUGGUCUACACAGUGGGUCCCUACGUGAGCUACAAGGUCUUCCAGUGGAUUCAAAUGGUUCUGCCCCUCGUAUUUUUGCUGGGAUUCAUUCAAAUGCCUGAAACGCCACACUUUUAUAUUUCCAAAGGCAACAACGAAGCAGCUGAAAAGUCGUUGCAGUAUUUGAGAGGAAAAUCGUUGGAUGAUUUGCAGAACGAGUUCAACUCGAUCAAAUUUUCCGUUGAACAGUCAAUGCAUAAUCGGGGAAGCGUGCGAGAUCUUUUUCAAGAUCCGGUAAAUUUCAGAGCUUUCUUCAUCUGUACAGGGAUAAUUUUGUUCCAACAGUUCUCCGGAAUCAAUCCAGUCCAGUUUUACGCACAAACGAUAUUCGACAAAACAGGAACCGGAAGUGCGGCAGAAAUGUCGGCCAUCAUUUUAGGAGUCUUUCAAGUCGUUGCUAGCAUUGUGACAGCUUUGCUCGUAGACCGAAUCGGACGAAGACCUACACUGCUGACAUCUGCUAUGGGAAUGUGUGUUGCCUUUUGUGGCCUGGGUACCUUUUUCUAUCUGGACAAUCAAAAUUCUUCGGCUUCUGCUAGUUUGUCUUUCCUGCCUGUAGUAUCUUUAGUAUUAUUUGUUGUGAUGUUUUGCAUCGGAUUCGGCCCAAUACCUUGGGUACUGAUAGGAGAAAUGUUUGCCCCGAGCAUCAAAUCCGUUGGCUGCUCCAUCGUGUCAUCUAUCUGCUGGUUGAGCGCCUUCUUAACAGUGUUUCUUUUCUCCUCGUAUGGUGAAACUAUCGGCUCGCAUUGGGUAUUUUGGAUAUUUGCAAUCUGCUGUGGAUUUGCAUUUAUUUUCACCUACAUGUUUGUGCUGGAAACCAAGGGUUUGAGCUUGCCGGAAAUUCAAAGGCGCCUUGGACAAAGAGCUCAGAUAAUAAACGAUAAGCACUAGA